AUGGUGAACAUCACGGAGAAGAUCAAGGAGAUUGAGGAUGAGAUGAAGCGGACACAAAAAAACAAGGCCACAGAAUACCAUCUUGGUCUACUAAAAGGAAAACUUGCCCGACUGCGAGCUCAACUUCUCGAGCCCGGUCCCGGUGCAGGCGGUGGCGGCGGCGCUGGAUUCGACGUGAGCAAAAGCGGUGACGCGCGCAUUUCGCUCGUCGGCUUUCCUUCAGUAGGCAAGUCGACGUUUCUGUCAAAGGUCACAAAGACGAGGUCAGAGGUUGCGUCAUAUGCUUUCACGACCCUGACGGCGAUUCCCGGCGUGCUCGAGUACGGGGGCGCGGAGAUUCAGCUUCUCGAUCUUCCUGGUAUCAUCGAGGGCGCUUCCGAGGGCAAGGGUCGCGGGCGACAAGUCAUCUCGGCGGCGAAGACGAGCGACCUGAUUCUCAUGGUUCUCGACGCGACCAAGAAAGCGGAGCAAAGAGCGCUGUUAGAGGCCGAAUUGGAGGCAGUCGGCAUCCGGCUAAACAGAGAGCCACCCAACAUCUACCUCAAGCCGAAGAAGGCGGGCGGCAUGAAGAUUACGUUCCAAACGCCACCCAAAUACCUGGACGAGAAGAUGCUGUACAACAUCCUGCGCGACUACAAGAUGCUCAACUGCGAGGUGCUGGUGCGAGACGAGAACGCGACGGUGGACGACUUCAUCGACGUCAUCAUGAAGGACCACCGCAAGUACAUCAAGUGCCUGUACGUGUACAACAAGAUCGACAGCGUGUCGCUCGACUUCCUCGACAGCCUGGCGCGCGAGCCGCAGACGGUGGUGAUGAGCUGCGAGCUGGACCUGGGCAUCCAGGACGUUGUGGACCGGUGCUGGAAGGAGCUGCGGCUCAUUCGCAUCUACACCAAGCGAAAGGGCAUCGACCCCGACUUUGGCGAGGCUCUGAUUGUGCGGAGCAACAGCACCAUCGAGGACGUGUGUGACCGGAUCCACCGCAACAUGAAGGAUACGUUCAAGUAUGCGCUGGUAUGGGGAGCGAGCGCGCGCCAUAUCCCGCAGAGGGUCGGUCUGGGCCACGCAGUGUCCGACGAGGACGUCGUGUACAUUGUCAGCGCCUGGCGGGCGUAG